UUGUGAAAAUCUGCUUCCUUACAGGCGGGGCUGUGUCUAACCAGGAAACAGCUCGCAUGAGUGGUUCUUCCUCGACAUUUUUGACAUUUGAGGAAACUAUGAAAGGAUGAGUUCAGCAGCAUGGAUCAGUGUGAAGACAGAAAAACUGCUCCGUGUGGGGAACAUGACAGCCAGACCAAAGCUCAGAGCCCAGAGAAGCAGCACAGACCUGGAUCUGGAUCUGAACCUGAACCCAGCUGUUUGUCUAUUAAGAGUGGCCAGUCUAUGGAGCCACCGCUGAUUUUUAAAGAUCAAGCUUCACCAACAGCAGAGAUCCAACUGGGACGGGACUCUGAUGAAUCUGAAUCUGAACCUGGACCUGGACCCAGCUGUGUGUCCAUGAAGAGUGACCGGUCACAUGACUUCCUCAUUGAUUUUAAAGGUCAACAACCCUCUGCUGGAAAAAAAGUGGACCAGGAGAGCUCAGAGGGUCCCAGUGGUCAGUCUGCCCAGCAGCAUCAAACACAACUGGACUCCAUAUUUAUGCUGCUGGAAAACGACAUUGUCACUUUUGUGAAGAACGAGCUGAAGAAGAUCCAGAAAGUACUAAGUCCAGAUUACCCAGAAUGCUCAGAGAGUCAGAGGGAGGAUGAGGAGGUGUUGGACGGUGAGGAUGAAGAGCAGAGGAGGAGCAGCAGAGAGGCAUUUAUGAUGAUCACACUGCACUUCCUGAGGAGAAUGAAGCAGUACGAGCUGGCUGACCUUCUGCAGAGCAGAAGUAAUUCUGGAGUUUAUCAGAAUAAACUGAAGUCUAAUCAGAAGAAGAAGUUCCAGUGUGUAUUUGAGGGGAUUGCUAAAGCAGGAAACCCAACCCUUCUGAAUCAGAUGUACACAGAGAUCUACAUCACAGAGGAAGGGACUGCAGGGGUCAAUGAUGAACAUGAGGUCAGACAGAUUGAAACAGCUUCCAGGAAACAACACAGACCAGUAACAACAAUCAGACAAGAAGACAUCUUUAAAGCCUCACCUGGAAGAGAAGAAUCAAUCAGAACAGUGAUGACAAAGGGAGUGGCUGGCAUCGGGAAAACAGUCUUAACACAGAAGUUCACUCUGGACUGGGCCGAAGACAAAGCCAACCAGGACAUCCAGUUCAUAUUUCCAUUCACUUUCAGAGAGCUGAAUGUGCUGGAAGAGAGAAAGUACAGCUUGGUGGAACUUGUUGAUUACUUCUAUAGUGAAACCAAAGAAGCAGGAAUCUGCAGGUUUGAAAAGUUCCCGGUUGUGUUCAUCUUUGAUGGUUUGGAUGAGUGUCGACUUCCUCUGGACUUCCUCAACACUAAAAUCCUGACUGAUGUUACAGAGUCCACCUCAGUGGAUGUGCUGCUGACAAACCUCAUCAAGGGGAAUCUGCUUCCCUCUGCUCGCCUCUGGAUAACCACACGACCUGCAGCAGCCAAUCAGAUCCCUCCUGAUUGUGUUGACAUGAUGACAGAGAUCAGAGGGUUCACUGAUGCCCAGAAGGAGGAGUACUUCAGGAAGAGAUUCAGAGAUGAGAAGCAGGCCAACAGAAUCAUCACCCACAUCAAGACAUCACGAAGCCUCCACAUCAUGUGCCACAUCCCAAUCUUCUGCUGGAUCACUGCUACAGUUCUGGAGAAUGUGUUGAAGACCAGAGAGGGAGGAGAGCUGCCCAAGACCCUGACUGAGAUGUACAUCCACUUCCUGGUGGUUCAGUCCAAAGUGAAGAACAUCAAGUAUGAUGGAGGAGCUGAGACAGAUUCACCCUGGAGUCCAAAGAGCAGGGAGAUGAUGGAGUCUCUGGGAAAACUGGCAUUUGUGCAGCUGCAGAAAGGCAACCUGAUCUUCUAUGAAUCAGAUCUGACAGAGUGUGGCAUCGAUAUCACAGCAGCCUCUGUGUACUCAGGAGUGUUCACACAGAUCUUUAAAGAGGAGAGAGGACUGUACAAGGACAAGGUGUUCUGCUUCGUCCAUCUGAGUGUUCAGGAGUUUCUGGCUGCUAUGCAUGUCCAUCUGUCAUUCAUCAACUCUGGAGUCAACCUGCUGUCAGAAGAACAAACAACACCAACACAGUUCUACCAGAGUGCUGUGGACAAGGCCUUACAGAGUACAAAUGGACACCUGGACUUGUUCCUCCGCUUCCUCCUGGGUCUUUCUCUGCAGACCAAUCAGAGUCUCCUAAGAGGUCUGCUGACACAGACAGGAAGUAGCUCACAGACCAAUCAGGAAACAGUGGCGUACAUCAAGAACAAGAUCAGUGAGGAUCUGUCUGCAGAGAGAAGCAUCAAUCUGUUCCACUGUCUGAAUGAACUGAAUGAUCGUUCUCUAGUGGAGCAGAUCCAACAGUACCUGAGUUCAGGAAGUCUUUUCAGAUAUAAACUGUCUCCUGCUCAGUGGUCAGCUCUGGUCUUCAUCUUACUGUCGUCAGAGAAAGAUCUGGACGUGUUUGACCUGAUGAAAUACUCUGCUUCAGAGGAGGCUCUUCUGAUGCUGCUGCCAGUGGUCAAAGCCUCCAACAAAGCUCUACUGAUUCACUGUAACCUGUCAGAAAGAAGCUGUGAAGCUCUGUCAUCAGUUCUCAGCUCCGAGUCCUCUACUUUGAGAGAAUUGGACCUGAGUAACAAUGAUCUGAAGGAUUCAGGAGUAGAGCAGCUGUCUGCUGGACUAAAGAGUCCUCACUGUAAUCUGGAGAGUCUCAGACUGAGUAACUGUAACCUGUCAGAGAGAAGCUGUGAAGCUCUGUCCUCAGUUCUCAGCUCCAGGUCCUCUAGUCUGAGAGAGCUGGACCUGAGUAACAACGACCUACAGGAUUCAGGAGUGAGGCUGAUCUUUGCUGGAGUAAAGAGUCCACUUUGUAAACUGGAGACUCUCAGUCUGUCAGGCUGUCUGAUCUCAGAGGAAGGCUGUUCUUCUCUGGUCUCAGCUCUGAGCUCCAACCCCUCCCAUCUGAGAGAGCUUGACCUGAGCUACAAUCAUCCAGGAGACUCAGGAGUGAAGCUGCUGUCUGCUGGACUGGAGGAUCCAAACUGGAGACUGGACACUCUCAGGGUGAAGCCUGCUGGAGUCCGAUGGUUGAAACCAGGUCUGAGGAAGUAUUCCUGUGAACUUACAGUCGACACAAACACAGUGAGCAGAAAACUCAAACUGUCUGACAACAACAGGACAGUGACAUUUGUGAGAGAGGAUCAGCAGCCAUAUGAUGAUAAUCCAGCGAGGUUUGACUGUCCGCAGCUGCUGUGUAGAGAAGGUCUGACUGGACGCUGUUACUGGGAGGUCGAGAGGAGGAGAGAGAUUCAUGUAGCAGUGAGUUACAGAGGAAUCAGGAGAGGAGUCAGUGAUGACAGUGUGUUUGGAUGGGACGAUCAGUCCUGGAGACUGAGCUGCUCUGAAGGUCGUUACUCUGUCUGUCACAAUGACACAAGAACAGGCCUCCCUCUCUCCUCCUCCUCUAACAGAGUAGCAGUGUAUGUGGACUGUCCUGCUGGCUCUCUGUCCUUUUACACAGUCUCAUCUGACUCACUGAUCCACCUCUACACCUUCAACACCACAUUCACUGAGCCUCUUUAUCCCGGGUUUGGGUUUGGGGCUGGUUCCUCAAUGUCUCUAUGUUCUCUGUAGGAAGAAGAGUCUCCUCCUGUCAGAGAAACUGAUCAGUUGAUUGAAAACAACUAUUUAUUACUAUUUAUGAACAACAGUGUCUUUGCACAAUAAAUCCAUAUUUGUGUAAUGUC